AUGCCAGCCCUAUAUGCAGCGCUAACGGGGACGGUGGAAACGGCCCCGCAUCUUGCCCGCCGUGACCUGACCGUCAACCACACCCAAGCAGUCACCCUUGGGGUGAUGGCUGCCUACGUGGUGGUCAUCGCAAUCUUAUGGAACGUUCCCUACGUUCGUUGGGUUCUAUGGCCGUUUAAGAUGCUGGUUAUCGCAUUCCAUGAAUUCGGACACGCGAUCACGGCCUGUUGCACCGGCGGCAAAGUCAAAUCCAUUUCCUUGGACCCUCACGAGGGUGGUGUCACUCAUAUGCAAGGCGGCAUGAGCGCUGUCACCCUGCCAGCUGGAUACCUAGGCUCAUCGAUUAUCGGCGCUCUGUUGAUCUUCGCUGGGUUUGAUAUUGUUGCCUCCAAAGUCGCCAGUAUUGUUUUGGGGGUCUGCUUCCUACUCACAUUAUGGUGGGCGCGGAGAGACUGGUUGACCAUCAUGACCGUUCUGCUUGCAGUUGGUCUGUUGGUUGCUUGCUGGUUCAUCGCCCACGGCGAGGCCCUACGCUGGGUAGUGCUUUUCAUCGAUGUCAUGUCCGCUCUGUACAGUGUCUGGGAUAUUUGCGACGACCUUAUUCUCCGCAAAGUCAACAGCUCUGACGCCAGCGUCUUCGCGAAGAAGUAUGGUGGCUCCUCUCAGUGCUGGGGUGUCAUUUGGUCCCUCAUCUCUCUCGGCUUCAUGGCUAUUGGCAUCAUUGGCGGUAUUGCCGCAUUCCCCGAAUCAUUCAGCCAACAACAGACUGAUUCCCAAAACUUCAUUCCAACUCGUUGA